AUGGGGUGGGAAAAAAUGAAUGAAAAUGGCCAGAGAGAGCUUGAAGUUUGCUGCUUUUAUGGACUCUGCAUUACAAACACAUAUUUCCAGCUUAAGGAUCAGCACAAGGUGUCCUGGAGACACCCGCGCUCUCAUCACUGGCAUCAACUUGACUUAGUCAUAGCUAGGCGUACUGGUCUCAAAAAUGUGCUACUGACGCGAAGUUAUCAUAGUGAUGAUUGCAACACUGACCACGCCCUGGUGGCGUGCACAUUGAGGCCCACUCCUAAGAAAUGUCACCACGCUAAACCGAGAGGUCAUGCCCGUAUCAACACAGAUCAUGUUCAUGACACACAAAGGAAGCAGGAUUUUGUCAGUGAUUUUGAAAGUGUUUUCCCAGGAAACGUGCAAGCAGAAAGGAAUGUUGAUAAGAAAUAUGCAAAACUCUCGGGUGCAAUUUACAACUCAGCAGUAUUGGCCUAUGGAAAAAAAGGAAAAAGAAAUAAGGCCUGGUACGAGCAAAAUUUGGAAAAAAUGGAACCAGUCACUGAGGCUAAACGGAAAUCCCUGCUUGCUUACAAAAGAAACCCAAAUGAAAGAACUCGAGGUGACUUACGAAAGGAAAAGUACAGGGCACAGCAAACAUCCAGGAGAUGCGCAAAUAACUACUGGUUGAAUUUAUUUGCAGGUAUACAGAAAGCGGCCGAUUCUGGGGAUGCUAAGGCAAUGUAUGAUGGUAUUAAGAAAGCAAUUGGACCAACUGUCAGAAAAACAACUCCUCUGAAGUCCAAGACGGGUGAAGUCAUUGCUGAUGAAGGCAAACAAAUGGAACGCUGGGUUGAACACUACCUCGAGUUGUAUGCAGCCGAGAAUGAAGUUAGCAAGGAUGCAUGUGACGCCAUCAAGCAAAUGCCAGUUAUGGAAGAACUAGAUGCAAUCCCUACUAUGGAAGAACUCACUAGACAAACAGAUUCUCUUGCUAACGGAAAGGCCCCAGGUGAAGAUGGGAUCCCUGCAGAGGUUAUUAAGUAUAACAAGUCUGUUCUUCCCAAACAUUUAUAUCCACUUAUCACAACCAUCUGGGAAGAAGGUUAUGUCCCGAUGAGUAUGCGGAAUUCGAGGAUAGUUACUCUAUAUAAGUAG